AUGAAUCUGUGCAAGUUUGUGGACCACGAGAUCGGCCUAAUUCUGCAUGGACUGAUCAAGGUGCAGGGGAUGAACCGGUUCAUGAGCCACGAGCCGUUGGCGAAUGGACUCUUUAACAGGGACAUGUGCACGGCUUCUUCCACUAUGACUGCGUGGAGUGAUUGCUUGACUAACACCCCGGCUGUUUUGGGGCUGGUGUGCGACCGAUUGGAGGGAGACUUCCUGGCACAGCGGCCUCAGAUGAGGAAACCUUACACAGCCAGGGACGUGGUGCCUCUCAUGCAGACAUUGCUGUUCCGAGCCCAUGUCGAAACUGAAUGA